UUCUCAGCUGCAACUUUAACACUGUAUCCCAACUUGAGUUAAAGACAGUGAGUGCAGAGUACUAUCGUACUCCCAAAUUGCUGCACUUCUUUUUCAGCUCACUUUGAUGGGGAUGGGGGCUGGGAAUGUGUGCCUUGUGUUGCUCCCCAUAUUUUUGGCUCAGGUGGGCAAAGCAGACCCCCAGAAUGAUGCUGCCCCAUCUUUGGCCUUUGUCUUUGAUGUCACCGGGUCCAUGUACGAUGACCUCCGCCAGGUGAUCGAAGGGGCCAGUCGAAUCUUGGAGCGCACUCUGAACCGCAGAACGAAGGCUAUCAGCAGCUAUGUUCUGGUCCCAUUCCACGAUCCAGAAAUAGGACCUGUGACAAUCACUACAGAUCCAGAGAAAUUCAAGAGGGAACUGAAAGAGCUCUAUGUUCAGGGAGGUGGAGACUGUCCAGAAAUGAGCGUGGGAGCAAUUAAGAUGGCGGUAGAAGUCUCACACCCAGGUUCUUAUAUAUAUGUUUUCACGGAUGCACGAGCCAAGGACUAUCGGAAGAAGCAAGAGGUUCUGCAGCUGCUACAGUUGAAGCAGUCCCAGGUGGUGUUUGUGUUGACGGGAGACUGUGGGGACAGAAGCCACCAGGGUUACCGUGUGUACGAGGAGAUAGCUGCCACCAGCUCUGGACAGAUAUUUCACCUGGACAAGCAGCAGGUCAACGAGGUUCUUAAAUGGGUGGAGGAGGCCAUCCAGGCUUCUAAAGUCCAUCUACUCUCCACCAAUCAUGAGGCAGCGGGUGAGAGAACUUGGGAAAUUCCAUUUGAUCCCAGUCUGAAAGAGGUGACCAUAUCCCUAAGUGGACCUGAGCCACAGAUACAGGUUACAGAUCCCACCGGAAGAGUACUUUCAGUGAGCCAGGGACUGGAAGAGCUUCUACAAAUCCCUAAUUCUGCUCAUGUUCUGGGCCUUAAGCCAACAGUUCCUGGAACGUGGUCCAUCAAGAUUGGCAGCAGUGGUCGACACACACUUAGAGUCACAGGAGUCAGUACUCUUGAUUUUCGGGCAGCGUUUUCCACGACCGCUGUUAUAGAUCCUUCACGUGUCAUUGAGCGUCCAAUACAAGGAAUACCUAUCUCUGCUUUGAUCAACUGCACCGGUCUCUCUCCUCCGGGGAAAGUGGACACCCUGGACCUGACGCGUGUUUCAGGAGAACGUCUUCUCUCUCUGUCAGCACAGCGUUUACCCUACAAACGAUCCAAGCAACUCUGGGCGGUUCCUCAGUUUCAAGCUCCAAAGGAAAGCUUCUUCAUGAAAGUUCAUGGCACUGACCGUGAUGGAUACCAGUUCCAGCGUCUUUCCAACGUGGCGUACACCAGCAUCAUCCCAGAUGUGCCCACUGUAGUUAUGCCUCCUAAUAUACAAGGAUAUCACUUGCGCCCAUUGCCCAUCCCCUGCACAGUGCACAGUGACAUUCCUUUUCGACUUCGCUUCUCUAAAGACGGGGAAAGACUCGGAGAAGAACAGCUUUUCGUUGAAUCCGGCAAUGCGACUUGGGAGAUCCCAUCUGCUUCAGGUCGCCAUGAAGGAGUUUACGUGUGUACAGCAAUCAGUAAAGCUGGGGCAAGCUAUGCCCUUACCAAAGUAUCUGUGGCAGAUCCGCCACCCACCAUUUCCCUCCUUCGUAAUUACACUGCCUCUCUUGGUGACCUGGUUGUCCUCUCCUGCCAUGUUCUUGAUGAUGUUCGCUUCAACCUGACAUGGGAAUAUGACAGGAGGGCGCCAAGAGAGGGAAGGCUUCAGAUCCUGCCCAAUUCAUCCCUGGAGAUACAGAAUGUGCAGUCCAGUGAUGCAGGCCAGUACCUGUGCACCGCAAGUAACAACCAUGGGACGAGCACUGCCAGUGUGUGGCUUUCUGUACAAGAACCACCACGUAUACAGAUUGAAUCAAGUGCCACCAAGCUGUCUCAUGGAGGAGAGGUGAGAAUCCACUGUGAGGUGUCUGGUCAUCCGCAACCCCAUAUCUCCUGGAAACAUGGAGAUACCUUCCUCAGCAGUGACAGCAGAUAUACGAUUACUGAGGACCACUCUUUGCUGAUUAAAGAAGCAAGCAUAGAGGAUGCUGGGAAUUACAGCUGUGUAGCUUCCAACGACUUAGGAACAGAUGAGCAGUCUGUAAUGCUAACAUACAUGGAACGUCCACAAACUACAGCUGUGAAGUCAUCUAUGCAAGUGCCUGUUGGAGAGAAGGCUGUGCUAGAAUGCUCCACCGAAGGGCUUCCUCCGCCCCUGAUUGUGUGGUACAAAGGAGAUCAAGAGUUGGCUGGUCCUCUCAGUGGUUCCAGAAAUGGACUACUAACCCUCCAGGAAGUGAAGGAGGAAGAUGCAGGAGAAUAUACCUGUGUUGCUUCUAACGAGGCAGGAACAUCGUCUGAUGUCAUUCAGCUGGAAGUUGGAACUCCACCGCAGUUCACAGACUUUCCCCAUGAUGUUGAAGUGGAGGUUGGGGAAACUGUAUUGCUAACUUGCAGUGCAGAAGGGACUCCCACGCCACACGUUACCUGGGCCAAGCUAGACGAGGGUCCUGUGGAGCCGUCCGAAACUACAGAGAUCAUCAACAGCCCCGGAGUGAACACAGUCCACAUUAAAGUUGCAAAGCCUGAUGAUGCUGGAGUCUACGUGUGCGAGGCAAGGAAUCCUUAUGGCUGGGUCCAAGCUGAGAUACUGCUUAGUGUUACUGGCCUUGUUCCUCCACAACUCGCUGCUGCAUCUUCAGUGGUAACUGUUGCUGAAGGACAUCCAGUGUCCCUGCCUUGUACCAUAACAGCCGGAAAUCCACGUCCUGUCCAACGCUGGCUGAAAGAUUUAAAUACGCUGCAGUUUCAGUGGCGCCACUCAGUAGAUGAUGAAGGUGCGUUGCACAUAGAGCCAGUGUUGAGCGAGGACGCAGGGUCGUACGUUUGUGAGCUGACGAAUGCUGCGGGAUCAGCGAAUCACACCUACUUUCUUCAUGUGCACGUGGCUCCCAGCAUUACACCCGGACCAUCAGAAUAUACCACCCAGGAAGGUAGGGCUGUUACCCUGCAAUGCCACGCCAAAGGACAACCAUUUCCUACCAUCACAUGGGCAAAGGGAGAAAGUGCUUUGACCAUUGAGAGUACACAUUACCAUGUGAACAAAGAUGGAAGCCUUGUCAUUGCACUGCCCUCUUGGGCUGACAGUGGUCAUUAUACCUGCACAGCCACCAAUCUGGCUGGUACCACCAGCAGAUCAAUGCAGCUCUUUGUGAAUACCAAGCCAAGAAUAAGUGUGAAUGGGUCACACAACCUUAGUGUUCCGAUAAAUGUGGUGGCAGCAAUGGGAUCUGAAAUUAUUCUCCCAUGUCAGGUUAACGGAAAUCCUCUGCCCGUGGUUUCCUGGAGAAAAGACUCCUUGCCACUGCCCGUCAUCUCUGCCAGACACAACCUGUUGCCUUCAUGGUCUCUCAAGCUAACUGAAUUAAGAGUGAUGGACAGUGGAUAUUACACCUGCUUCGCGUCCAACACUGCGGGGAAUACCUCACUUACAUACAACGUGGAGGUACAAGUUCCACCCCGUGUCCAUCCCGGGCCAAAAAUUUUAAAGGCACUUCUAGGGCGCACAUUGACACUGCCCUGUCUCGCUUACGGGGAUCCGAUGCCAAGGCUCAGCUGGUAUAAAAAUGCUGUAGCAUUGCGAGUCGGAGGCCAAGAUUCCCUGCCAGGUCCUGAUGGCAGUAUUAGUGUACUGGAAGUACAACUAUCUGACUCUGGGAGUUACAGAUGUGCAGCAUCCAGCAGUGCAGGUUCAGACUCACUGGAAUUCAGGCUGGAAGUGUUGGAGUCACCAAAUUUUGACGAUGGUUCAGAUGUCCUGUUGGAGCAGACUGCUUAUGAGCCAGUGAUAUUGCCAUGUCCAGUACGAGGAUCCCCCACACCUCAGAUUCGCUGGCUAAAGAAUGGAAUAGCACUUACUGGCAAUGUACCAGGAAUGACCCAGUUGGGCAAUGGAUCCCUUAUGAUUGACAUUGCUUUGCCUAGUCACAGUGGAGACUACAUAUGUCUGGCAACCAAUGAGGCUGGCUCUGCCAGGAGAAAGACCAAGCUAGUAGUGUAUGCUCCACCCAGAAUCCUCGAUGACGGACAGGGCCAGAAUAUCUCUGUGAUGGCCAAUCAACCAUUAAUCUUGGGAUGUGAAGUAACUGGAGUGCCAUUCCCUACAAUAUCCUGGAGCAAAGAUAGCAAAACGCUGACUGAGGUUCCUGGGAUAAGUCAACAGGCUUCUGGCCAGUCUCUGCGCUUCCACCGCAUACGGAACCACGAUGCCGGGUUAUAUACCUGCAGAGCAGUGAACCGUGCUGGGGAAACUCAUCGCAGCUUCAGUAUUAUCGUUCUAGUUCCCCCAACAAUCUAUGGAGCUGGACAAAUCCAGGAUAUUACAGCUAGGGAUGGAUCAAAUAUUGAGCUGCACUGCAAAGUGUCUGGAGUUCCAAAGCCACAAGUGGAAUGGUCGAAAGGUGGACAGCCUCUUUCUCCUGGUGACUCCCAUAUCCAGCUUUUAGAAGGUGGGCAGCUUCUUCGAGUGAAUGGUACAAGACUUUCGGACCAGGGCAAAUACCAGUGUCUGGCCUUCAACCACGCCGGUCAGCAAGUGAAGGACUUUAACCUGAGAGUUCACACACCUCCAACAAUCUGGGCAUCUAAUGAGACAACAGAGGUCGCUUCUUUGCUACAUGGCUCAGUUGAGCUAAAGUGUGAAGCACGUGGUUCCCCCUCUCCUGGUAUCACCUGGUUUAAGGACAGACGUCCCAUUGUAUCCAGUUCUAAAGCCACCUACAAGGACAGUGGGAAGAGUCUUCAACUGAGCAGAGUGCAGCUCUCUGAUGUUGGCACGUACACUUGUAGAGCCAAUAACCAUGCUGGCACAGCUGAGAAAUCGUACCGACUGGAGGUUUAUAUUGCCCCUGACAUUGAAGGUGGUGGUGGGAAGCCUGUGUCUACCAAGGCUGUUCUUGGUCAUUCUCUAGAGUUGGAGUGCUCUGCGAGUGGCCAUCCUCCACCAGUCUUGUCAUGGCUGAAGGACGGUCUCAUGGUUUCUGAGAGAGAUGGAUUGCAGAUCAAGGAUGGUGGGCGUACCCUACACAUCGAGCCAGUGACUGAGAGCACCCAAGGAACAUUUACCUGUAUUGCCAUAAGCCUUGCUGGGGAGAAUGUACUACACUACUCUGUGAUAGUACUCGAGCCACCUAAAGUGUUGAUUGGAGAAGGUUCUAGUCUUACGAAGAUGACAAUAAAUGAACCACUCAUACUCUCCUGCCACGUUACAGGAUACCCAGCUCCGAAAGUCUCGUGGCUGAGAAAUGACCAACGAAUCGUGGAGCUCGAUGACGUGGAGAUAUUAGAUGGAGGUAAAACCUUAGCCAUCCAACAGGUUCAACAUGGACACUCUGGUCGGUACACGUGUAAAGCUGACAGUGAUGCUGGUUCAGCAGAGGCCACCGUGAACGUCUCUGUACAAGAGCUUCCUGUGGUCACCAUCACUGGUGGUAAUAGUGUGUAUGCCACUUUCCGGGAACCACUAGUCUUGGAAUGUCAAGUUUCAGGAACACCGCCCCCUACCUCAAGCUGGUGGAAGGACGGAAUACCUUUACCUUCCAGUGGGGCCAAGCUACAGAUUGAAUCAAUUUCAUUGGAUGACGAAGGCGUGUAUACAUGUGUCGCUACCAAUCCUGCAGGAGAAGGGCGGCAGGAUGUAUUCCUGAACGUGCUGGUGCCUCCUAAUAUCGAGCCUACAGAUGUGAACCAUACAGUGGUGGAAAAUCUCCCAGCAUCCUUAGAGUGCCUCAUUUCUGGAAGCCCGUUUCCACUUGUGUCCUGGUACAGAGGCGAACAGCUGAUCACCGCCAUGCCUGGGAUCACCCUGUUAAAUGAAGGAAGGAUUCUGCAGAUAGAGAGAGCUCAAAGAUCUGACAGUGGAGAAUAUCGCUGUGUGGCAUCGAACACAGUCGGCACUAGUGAACUCCUGUACACUUUGGAUGUUUAUGUGCCUCCCAAGAUUGCACCAAUGACAGACCUUGCCACAGUCCUGGUGAACGAGGAAGUUUGGUUGGAGUGCAAUGUAACCGGAGUGCCCGAGCCAACCAUCAUGUGGUUAAAGGAUAAGGUUCCUGUUUCCACUGCAAAUGCAGGACUCCAGAUUUUAGAGCAAGGGCGGCUGCUCUCCUUGUCUGCAGCUCAAUUGUCAGAUUCUGGCGUAUAUACCUGCGUCGCUGUCAAUCCGGCUGGAGAAGACAGCCGUGACACUGAGCUUCAAGUUUACGUGCCGCCGAGCAUUGUGGGAGAAGAACUCAAUACCACGGUCAUUGUUAACCAACCAUUCAUCCUGGAGUGUGAGAGCAGCGCCAUACCCCCACCUAUAAUCAGCUGGCUAAAAGAUGGGAGACCCCUUCUUAAGAGACCUGGGGUCCAAAUCACAGAGGAUGGACGAUAUCUCCAGAUAGAACAUGCUCAUCUCAGAGAUGCUGGGAGGUAUACAUGUGAAGCCUCCAAUGAUGCUGGCCGUUCAGAAAAACAUUACAAUGUCAUCAUUUGGGUGACACCUUCUUUCUCAACAUCUCUGGGGCCGCCACAGUCCGUGAUUGAAGGGCAAUCUGUCAGUUUCACUUGUGAAUGCCAUGGGUUUCCUUCACCAUUACUCACCUGGAAUAAGAAUGGAUCCCCUCUUGAGGCUAAUGACUCUCGGCUGACAACAGUAUCUGCUGGUGGUAGGCUUCUACAAAUUAGCAAGGUGCAGGUGUCCGAUGAAGGCUCGUAUACCUGUGUGUGUAACAAUGAGGCUGGCAGCAGUCAACAGGACUACUGGCUGGAGGUUUAUGCUCCACCAUUAAUCACAAGCAGCACCACGGUCCCCAAACAAGUGUCUGCAAUCAAAGACAGCCACGUCAAGAUGGAAUGCAUUGUGAGUGGGACGCCCACUCCAUCCAUAACUUGGUUAAAAGAUGGUUAUCCGAUAGGGAGCGGACAAGAUCUGGUCCUAAACAACAGGGGGCAACAGCUGAGCAUCCCUAAAGUACAACCUUCCCACUCUGGACGUUAUGUCUGUGUGGCAGUCAAUGCAGCAGGACAGACGGACAUGAAGUAUGAUCUAUCAGUACAGGUUCCCCCAGAGGUCAACCACAAAGAGACAACCAAUGUAGCCAUUGCUUUGCAUGGCACAUUCACGCUCACCUGUGAUGCAACUGGAAUGCCUCCUCCGAUUAUUACAUGGAAACGAAACAACAGCUCUGUUUCCCAGGGUGUGAACAUGCAAAUCCAGUCAGGUGGACGUGUUCUGAAGCUGUCACAUGUCCAGGUCCAAGAUGGAGGACUCUACACUUGCUUGGUGACUAAUGCUGCUGGGCAAGCUCGAAAGGAUUUCAUUGUAGAUAUCCUAGUUCCACCCAGCAUAGAUAAUGAGGAGGAAAAUGAGGACCUACGAGUCACUGUGGGUCAGCCUGUCCUGUUGCAGUGCAGAGUCUAUGGUCACCCAAAGCCUCAGAUUACCUGGUUCAGGGAUUCACAGCCCCUGCAGAGUGGAGACGGUCUUAGGAUCUCUCCUGAUGGUUCAGAGCUGCACAUAGACUCUGCCAGUAUAUUCACUGCUGGUCACUACACAUGUAUGGCCACCAAUGCCGUUGCAGAGAAAAGCAAACAUUUUGUCCUGACUAUCCUGGUGAGUCCAACAAUCUCAGGAGCGAUUGAUGACGGUGAUUUGGAAGAUGUCAUUGUCCUCUUCAACAACCCUUUGUCUCUCAUCUGUGAAGCUUUGGGCUUUCCUAUUCCCACUGUUACAUGGCUGAAAAAUGGAGUACCAUUCCAAGAAUCAAGCAACUUGAGAGUGCUUCCAGGAGGACAUGGGCUUCAGAUCCUUAAUGCUCAGGAAGAAGACGCAGGACAGUACACCUGUUUAGUUAACAAUGAGGUUGGAGAAGCCAUCAAGAAUUACGAGGUCAAAGUCUUUAUCCCUCCCCAGAUUAGACGAGAUAACAUCACAGAAGAUGUGGGCAUCAAGCAAGUGAAGACUAAAGUCAACAGUAGCCUUACUCUGCACUGUGAGUCCCGAGCAGUGCCAAAGCCCAGUAUACACUGGUACAAAGAUGGCCAGCUGGUAGAGAGUACACCUACUGCUCAAAUUUUAAGUGACGGACAGCUGCUGCAGAUCAAUCCCAUUCGUAUAUCGGACUCAGGACGCUAUGCAUGCGUUGCAACCAAUGUUGCUGGCGAAGACGAACAAGAGUUUUAUGUGACUGUCCAAGUGCCCCCGAUUUUCCACAGGCCAGGUAGCACCAGUGCUGCCCUCGAACUGGCUUUCCGAGAGGAUGAUGAGGAAGAGUUGACUGAGCAUAGAGAAGUGGUUGCCAAUAACCCCAUUUCCCUGUACUGUGACACUAAUGCCAUUCCUCCUCCGACCCUGACCUGGUACAAGGAUGGACAGACCAUUUCUCCUUCAGACGGAGUGCUAGUGUUACUGGAUGGGCGUAUUUUACAGAUACCCAUGGCUCGAGCAGAGCAUGCUGGGAAGUACACAUGUGAGGCUACCAAUGAAGCCGGAGAGGACCGAUUGCACUAUGAACUUGUGAUACUAACUCCUCCGGUUGUGGUUGGAGAGACGGAUGAUCUGAUUCAGGAAGUAUCUGUGAUAUAUAAUCAAACAGUGGAGCUACACUGUCAGGCCACUGGAAUCCCCCCACCAACUAUCACUUGGCUUAGGAGUGGUGUAAUAAUGAAUACAGAUGAUCGGUACCAUAUUUUGGAGAAUGGGAAAGUUCUGAAGAUCCUCAGUGUUCAGGUUUCUGAUAUUGAUAGCUAUGUCUGUGUAGCUGAGAAUCCAGCCGGCUUUGCUGAAAGGCUCUUCACGUUAACUGUUCACGUUCCACCCAGAAUCCUUGGAGCAAACCCAGAGAACGUCAGUGCUGUCCUGCACAGCUCGCUUUCUCUCCUGUGUGAUGUCCAAUCCCACCCCACCCCUGAAAUCACUUGGUACAAGGAUGACCAGAUCCUGCUGCCCAGCAAGGGAGUUUUCAUCAUGCCAGGUGGGCAGGUUCUACAAAUUGCUCGAGCUCAGCUCUCUAACCAAGGACGUUACACCUGCAGAGCGGAGAACCCAGCUGGCUUUCAUGAGAAACUGAUUAACCUUUUUAUUCAUGUCCCACCAAGCAUCAAAGAACCCCCCAAUGGCCAAAAAGAAACUGUCUUACGCCUUGGAGAAACUCUGAUAUUACAGUGUGAGUCAAAUGCUGUGCCGGAACCCUCAGUAACUUGGUAUAAGAAUGGACAAGUGCUUUUAGAUGGUAAUGGUGUACUUAUUCAAAAGAAUGGACAAAAACUGGAGAUCCAAGAUAUCAAGACAUCAGAUAAAGGACUUUAUACCUGUAAGGUGACAAAUGUCGCCGGAGAAGUUGAAUUGACCUUCACAGUGAUCAUACAGAUCCCUGCAUCCAUCGCCCAUCCGCAAAACGAGACUAUACAGCUGAUACUUGGGAAUUCCAUAGUCCUUUCCUGUGAGGUUGAAGGCUCUCCGACUCCCAAAGUAACUUGGCUGAAAGAUGGAGAAGUUCUAGAGCGUGCCACUGAGUGGGGUGUGAUCGCAAGGGGCAGCCGACUGCAGAUCAACAGAGUACAGGUGUCGCACGCUGGACAGUACACCUGUGUAGCGCAAAAUCAUCUGUCUGAGGCGCGCAAACAUUUUCUCCUGCUGGUACAAGUGGCUCCCAGGAUCCUUGGUUCAGAGAUACCCAGUGAACGCAUUAUACAGGAAAAGCGAGAAGUUUCUCUGGAGUGUAAAGCGGAGGGCACACCAGCCCCCCAAAUUUUGUGGCUCAAGGAUGGAAAACCUCUGGAAUUGAUCCUAAAUGAAAAUAUUCAAAUCUCUCCAGAUGGAAGUAUGUUACUAUUAAAGCCAGUGCAAGAUUCUGACUCUGGACGAUAUACCUGUAUAGCACGUAACGGCGCUGGAGAAGACACCAAAGUAUUUGUUUUGAACAUUUUGGUUCCUCCUGUGUUUGAAUCAAGUUCUAAUGUUUCGGAGACCCUCAGCAGUGUCCCAGGGGGGCAAGUGACCUUGGAGUGCCAUGCCAGUGGCUCUCUUCCCAUGCAACUUACCUGGCUGAAGAACGGCAUUCAACUUCCUACCUCGCGCCUUAUCAGGGUUUCCUCUGGAGGGCGCAUUCUCCGUAUAUCCCAGUUACAAGCUUCAGAUUCAGGAACGUACACUUGUGUGGCAACGAGCCAGGCCGGGAUUGCAGAGAAGAGCUACAUCUUGCAUGUUGAAAGUCUUCCAGUGGUGGAGAGAUCUGAGAGCACAGAGGAGGUGACAGCCCUCAAAGGAGCAUCAGUGACCUUUACCUGUGAAGCCCAUGGGACCCCACUGCCCUCACUAUCCUGGGAGAAAGAUGGAGAGCCGCUAAACCUGCAGAGUAACAUGCUGCCCAAUGGCUUAGGAAGCCGACUUUACCUGGAGUCUGUCCAUGCUGCGGAUUCUGGUCUUUACUCCUGUGUAGCUCAGAGCACAGCUGGGAGAGUCAGCAAGCACUUCCGUCUCUCGGUUCUCGAACCUCCACAAAUCGAAGGCCCAGCUAUACCAGCAGAAGUCUCGGUUCUUCCUGAUGGACAGCUAGAGUUGCAGUGCAAUGCUGCUGGUGUCCCUAUUCCAGACAUCACAUGGGAGAAGGACGGACGACCCUUAUCCAGACCUGCCCUGCUCUCUAGAAACGGGACUGUCCUCAGGAUUGAGAGAGUAAAGGCAGAGGAUGGAGGUAUCUAUGUUUGUUUGGCAACCAACAAUGCCGGAAGAGACUCAAGGGCCACAUGGGUGCGGAUGAAAGUUCCCCCCAGUGUUAUUGGACCCAGUGAGCCCCGUUCCCUCUCAGUAUCCGUCGGAGGUCAGCUGGUGCUGGAAUGUAGGGUGGAGGCCGAUCCUGCCCCUACUAUUCUUUGGUUCCGAGGAGACUCUCCCCUACAGACGGACGGACGGGUGCAGAUUUUGUCCAAGGGUCGGUUUGUGCAGAUUUACAACAUUAGGGCAUCCGAUAGUGGUGAAUAUACCUGUAUAGCCACCAACCCUGCAGGCAAAGCUAGUCUGCACUUCAUUGUGGAAAUGCAAAUUGCGCCAAUGAUUCACCCGGGGCCUUCGGUUGUAAGCGCGUCUGUUAAUCAGACGGCUGUGUUAUCUUGUAGAAUGGAGGGAAUCCCUACACCCACUGUAACAUGGAGAAAGGAUGGAAUCCCGCUGUCUGUAGAAAUGGCCAGAUUGGAGUUUCUCACAGAUGGUUCCCUGCGUAUACCUCAAGCACUCCUGCAGGAUUCUGGGUAUUAUCUCUGCGCAGUCUCCAAUUCGGCAGGAUUGGCUAGACGUGGCAUUGAGCUGAGAGUUUUUGUUAAUGGAGGCUUUUCUGAAUGGCAAGAGUGGAGUCAUUGCACGAGGACUUGCGGGCAGGGAGUGCAAGAGAGGAUUCGAACGUGUACCAAUCCACCUCCCGCUAAUGGAGGCAGACCCUGUAUGGGAAGAGACAUUGAUGUGAGGUCAUGCCAAUUACCUUCUUGCCCAGUGGAUGGCGCUUGGACAAAUUGGGGGAGCUGGUCUCUGUGUUCGGCUACCUGUGGGGAAGGUGUUCGUCAGCGGACCCGAUCUUGCUUUUCUCCUCCACCACAGAAUGGAGGAAAAGCCUGUGCUGGAAAAGACAUGAAAACAGAGCCUUGUCAGCUGCUGCCCUGUCAAGUUUUCCCUUCUCGCGUACGGGCAAGUCUAAUUGGAAUAAUUAAUGACAAGGAUUUUGGGAUCUCCUCGCUUAGUGCCAACAUGACCGAAGACCCGUUGUCUCGCACCACCUACAUCACCAGCAGCAUUGAGAAUAUCCCACCCACAGUGGGACCUUUUAUGAAGGUGCUCAUUUCAGUGAUUGCUCCCCUGUAUUGGACUGCGGCUUUUCCCCAAGAUGAUGCAACAAAUGGUUUUUCAUUAACAAAAGGGGUCUUCCGCAAAGAAUCUCAGGUGGAAUUUGGUACAGGUGAGCUAUUACGAAUCACACACAUUGCCCGGGGACUAGACACAGAAGGAACUCUGUGGUUUGAUAUUGUCAUCAAUGGAUUUGUGCCAGAAUCUGUGAUUUCUUCUGAUGUGAUCCUCCAGGACUUCAUUGAAACCUACGUACAGACAGCUGGUGGACAGGUCAAUGCCUGGGCUUCUCCUACAUUGGCUAAAGAUGGAACUUUCUUGUCCCUUCGUUGCAAUCAUACGGUAGAAUACAAUGCAUCACUGGGCCAUCAACGUAAACUAACACAGCAGGUUCACGUGGGUUCCAUCAGAUCUACCUACCUUCCAGGAUCAGAGGAGCUCCGCUUCCAACUAAAAGCCUCUCUCCGACAAGGGAUGAAUGGCGGAGCCUGCCCUGCAGGAUUUCUGCAGACUGGAGAUUCCUACUGCACAGAUGAAGAUGAGUGUGAGACUCACGUGCCUUGCUCUCACACAUGCCACAAUGUCCUGGGCAGCUUCUCCUGCUCUUGCCCAUCGGGGUACAUGCUGUCUUCAGAUCGAAAGAACUGCAGAGAUGUGGACGAAUGCGGUCUGGGCAGUCACAAUUGCAAAGCAGGACAGGAAUGUGUUAAUGUAGCAGGUUCUUAUCAGUGCGUCUUGCGCUGUGGGCCUGGCUUCCGACCUAACACAGAAGGAACAGUGUGUGAAGAUAUUGACGAGUGUGCCCAAUCCUCUCCGUGCCAGCAGAGAUGCCUAAAUAACAUUGGCUCGUAUAGGUGUGCAUGUGACCCAGGCUACCAGCUUAAAGGAACUCGCUGUACAGACAUUAAUGAGUGCCUGAGAGGCGUCUGCCAACCACAACAGCAUUGCAAGAACACAGUUGGGAGUUACCAGUGUAUUGACAACUGCCCAGCUGGCACCACUCGAACAGAGUCUGGAACCUGCAAUGAUAUUGACGAAUGUCGAGAUGGUUCCCAUAUGUGUCGUUACAACCAGCUCUGUGAGAACACGGUUGGAGGGUAUCGCUGUGCUUGCCCGAGGGGAUACAGGUCUCAGGGAGUUGGAAGGCCAUGCCUGGAUAUUAAUGAGUGCCAGCAGGUGCCCAAAGCAUGUGCCUACCAAUGUCAGAACCUGGCUGGCAGCUACAAAUGCCUAUGCCCACCUGGGAAACACCUUUUGGCAGAUGGACGGUCGUGUGCAGGGCUAGAGAAUCUCAGAAACAACUCCGCUUUCGGUCAUUCUGGAACCCAACUAGAGGCAACUGUGAACAAUGGGAGAAUUCAUGGAAAUAACAUAUACACCUGGCUUUCCUUUGGUCAAAACAACAACCUCCUGGGUCAAAGCAGCACUGCCCGCUGUCCUGCAGGGUUCAUGCGCAGGAAUGGAGUAUGCACAGACAUAGACGAAUGUCAUCAACGGAGUCCAUGCCAACAUGAAUGUAGGAAUACUGAAGGCAGCUACCAGUGUCUGUGUCCCUCUGGCUACCGUCUGCUUCCCAACAAUAGGAACUGCCAGGACAUUGAUGAGUGUGCCGAGCAGAGAGUGAAUUGUGGACCCAACCAGAUGUGCUUCAACACCAGAGGAGGCUAUCAGUGUUUGGAUACACCUUGUCCUGCUAUGUAUACAAGAGGGCCCACUCCUGGGACAUGUUAUCGAAGGUGCGUAUCAGAUUGCAGCUCGGGCGGCCCCUACAGUCUGCAAUACAAGCUCCUGACACUACCUUAUGGGAUACCACCCAACCAAGAUGUCAUCCGACUCAGCGCCUUCUCCGAAGGGGGCGUUUUACAAAACCAAACUAGCUUCACUGCCUUGGAGCAAGACUCUAGCACUCCCUUUGCUAUUCGUGACGAGGGAGGACAUGGUAUCAUCUACACACUGCGGGCCCUGAACACCUCAGGGGUUUACAGAAUGAAGGUGCAAGCUGUGACUAAUGGCGAACAACAGGGGGUGCGCUAUCAGAGCGUCUUCAUCAUAUUCAUCUCUGUUUCCCCUUAUCCCUACUGAACAAGCAAGACCUUUAUUGGGGGUAUAGAAAAAGCUGAAAUGUUUCUUUAGGUGUCAACCAUCUGGAAAUACCAAACUUUUAAUGUCUGUCAUAAAUAGACCACUUCCCAUCCCCCCCUUCCAACUAGAAAUGUAUAUUUUUCCUAGUAGUUUAUUAUAGGGGCCAAAGUGAAAAUGGCUUCUCUCAUGCUCAAAAGCCCUGAUAUCUCUGAAAAAAAACAGCAAAAACUGGCACUUCACCGAUGUACAUAUAUAAGGAGAAAAAAAAAGACAGACCCUUGGACUGUACAGGGUGUAUCUUUGAUUGAACUGUGGACCAGACCUCAUUCUGCAGCAUUAAGGAAUGUGAAUUUUCCCCUCCAGAGCUGCAGGGCCAGUAGUAUUGAGGUUAUAGUAACAAUUGAUGGCACACGACAAGGUCAUUCUAUCAGAGCAGGAGGGGAAGAAGAUAACUUGACAUGAGAUAUAGUUAUAUGAAAGUAGGAACUUGAGGGAAAGGAUGUUUGAGGAUAUACGUCAAAAGGGAGUAUCGGAGAUUUAGAUAGUGAUCAUUAGGCUGGUUAAAGGUAGAAAAGGUGGGAGGGCAAUGAAUGAAGUGGUAAACAGAGGGCAUACAAAGCUGCAGGUUUAUCUGCCAGGUAAUGUGAUUAGUAUUUCGACAGAGCUGUUGCAAUGUGCUGACACUCCUGUGCCCUGCUCCGACUGUCAUGUGAGACUUCAAACAAACAGGUCGUGGCCUUGGAUCAGGCCACCGCGUAGAGAAUGAAAGAGAUACAAUGUAUCAUCUGUUUCAUAACAAUGUGACCACAGCAGGGAAAUGAGGUUAAUACCAUGCUAAAGACAAUGACUUAUAAUAUAAUGGGUGCCAGUAACUAACAUCUCACGGUAUAACCAGCACAUUUCUAUAUUUCAAUACUGUUAGUAUGCACACUGAAAGAGAUGUUUCCUAUUGUAAAAGGAUAAUGCAAAAUCUGUGCACCGUCAGAAUUUAGGUGGGUCCACAUUCUGUCUACAGUAGGUAUUCUGGACUUCUUUUGAUUGUCUUCAUCAACCACUAGCGCACAACUCCAUCUUGCCAACUUGAAGACUAGCAAAACCUAGAACUGCCAGACUCUCUUUUUAGCAGAAGGGUUAAACUGCUAUCACAGUCUUUAUGAUUGCCUAAACAGGAAGUCUGCAAUCAUAACUCUAAAGAGGGCACCUAGUUGUGAGAUAUUUGUGAGGAGGUGUAGGCAUGGCCAGAAUAAGGUUUUCUAGAUCUUACAUGAGCAUUAACAAAUGGUCUGUCGGCAAAAGCCUGUACAGAGGAGUCUUAUACCAUAAUCCUGAGAGUGACACAAGACCCUUAAAGAGACAACCUGUAAGCAGUAACAGUUAUGAGACCUACAGGACAGCUUCAAACUAGCUUUUAAUAUGAAAUCUACAAGAGAGUCUAUAUCAACACCUGUGAGCUAGAGGAGAGCCUACACCAAUAGCCUGAGAUCAACAGUAGAGCCUAUACAGACAGCUUGAGAUCUUCAGGAGAGCCUAUACAGACAGCCCGAGAUCUACAGGAGAGCCUACACCAAUAGCGUGAGAUCAACAGGAGAGCCUACACCAAUAGCCUGGGAUAUACAGAAGAGCCUACACUGACAGCCUGAGAUAAACAAGAGAGCCUACACCUAUAGCCUGAGAUCUACCGAAGAGAUUACACUGACAGCCUGAGAUCAACAAGAGAGCCUACUCUUAACUGCCUGUGAGCUGCAGGAGAGCCUACUUUAAAUGCCUGUGAGCUGCAAGAGAGCAUACACAGACAGCUUGAGAUUUACAAGAGAGACUAAAUAUACUACACCAACAGGCCGUGAGCUACAGGAGAACCUACACCAACAGCCUGAGAUCCCCAGCCUGAAUCCUACAACAGCCCGAAUCCUCCAAAUGAUCUACAGAACAAAGCUAGAGUUACAAAAAGUCCUUCCCUGAAACAGUGUUACUGUAAAGUGCAUAAUCUGCUAAUCUAGUUUAUUUUUAUAGUUGAUAAGUAUGAAUGAAAAAGGUAUCGGGCUCCUGGUUUUGUCUUUAUUCCAUUGUAUUAUUAAUGUUUGGCUUAUUUAUUUUUUUGGU